AUGGUGGCUGAGGUCAGCUUCCUUGAAGUUGCAACAACUCUUCCAUUCAAACAUGAAUUGGCGAAGAUCCACAUUGAACAAACCAAAUAUGUUGCAUUCUGGAUUUCUAUGGCUUAUGUUGUUGUGAUCUUCUCAACCAAAGCUUUCAUGGCCAAUCGAAAACCAUUUGAUGUAAGUUUUUAGACAGGAGAACAGAAUAUUUAUAUAUAUAUAUAUAUAUAUAUAUUAUAAGUUUGCAGCUCACUGGCCCAUUGAAUUUGUGGAAUGCCUGGCUUGCAAUCUUCUCAACACUUGGUUCAAUUGCCACAUCAAUCGGACUUUUGCAUGAAAUCUUUUCCCGAGGAUUCACAGCAUCUUACAUUCAUAUUGGUGACUUUUACAAUGGCACAUCAGGAUUGUUCACCUGGCUUUUUGUUCUCUCAAAAGUUGCUGAAUUCGGAGACACGAUGUUUAUUGUUCUUCGCAAAAAGCCUUUGAUGUUCCUUCAUUGGUAUCAUCACGUUCUUACAAUGAAUUACGCUUUCAUCACUUUCAAAGACAAUCUUGGAUUUAAUGUUUGGAUUACAUGGAUGAAUUUCACAGUUCACUCAAUCAUGUAUGGUUAUUAUAUGUUGAGAUCUUUCGGUGUCAAAGUUCCAGCCUGGAUUGCGAAGAAUAUCACAACAAUGCAAAUCUUACAAUUCGUUAUUACCCACUUUAUUUUGUUCCAUGUUGGAUAUCUCGCAGCAACUGGUGCUCCAGUUGAUUCAACUCCAACAUUCUAUUGGUUCUGUUUAUUGAUGGAGAUCUCGUAUGUCGUACUCUUCGGCAACUUCUACUAUCAAUCAUACAUCAAGGGUGGUGGCAAGAAGUUCAACGCUGAGAAAAAAGAGAAAAAGGAGCAUUAG